AUGGACCCUCCAAUUUCUCACCGGCAUGGUGCCAUUCCGGCAGCGCCUUACUCUAUGCGUCCUCCUAGUCCUCCUUCUAUCGUGAUACCCGCCCCCACUCUACAUUGUGCGAGUGAGCAUAUCAAAAUCGUGCCAACUUACGAAAAGGUCGAUCCGGCUUCACUUAGCCCCGAUGACCUUAAGAUCAUUACCCAAAACUAUAAAGAGCAGAUAGCUCAAGACUCAGCUCUUAAUUGGGCAUAUGAGAACCGUCGUGUCGCACAACCCAUCCUCGACUUCCUCUACCUCGGUCCCUCGAGCAUCGCUCGAGAUCGCCAGUGGUUACUUGACACAGGUAUCACAAUGCUACUAGCCGCACGAGAUUCUCAGAUGGCCAUGGUGCACCUAAUGGCACCCAGUAAGGUGGCACAAGAACUUGGCAUUCAGCUUGAAUGCGUUGAUGUUUCUGGCUAUAAUGAGCUCAUUCGCGCCUUUCCCUCAGCCGUUCAAACCAUCAAUAACCACAUGCUAGAUGUUUUCCGUGGACAACGUAUCAGCAACACACAAAUGCAAGUUGAUGAUGGAAAGAUGGUGAUUCCCCAUGACAAAUUCCAAAGAGGAAAAGUUUUAGUUUUCUGCGAAACAGGAAACGAUCGUUCUGCUAGUGUUGCCGUGGCCUACCUCAUGUCUGUGUUUGGUAUGAGUCUGAUAGAAUCUUGCCAGUUUGUCCACUUCAAGCGCUUCUGCGUCAGCUUAAACGAUGAUCUUAGGUUCGUUCUCAAAUCGUAUGAGGAUCUACUUUCCGCACAGCGUACCGUGCACAGAUAUGAGCUUGACAAUCGUUCAACACAGACAAUCGGCGCCUCAAGCAAUAUACACAAGCCGAAGAGAGGCAUCGAAGAUACGUUCGACGAAGAUGAGAUGGGCGAAUCUGGAGACUCUACAGCACUAGAUCAUGAUCGCUUUUUGGACCGCGAAAAGUUUGUUCCAUUCGUUGACAUGGUGGAUGAAGACAUGGAAGAAGAAUCCAGUUAG